CUUACAACCAGCUUUAGCGGUGGGACGGAUUACGUUGUUCGGUAAUAGUAACCGACAAUAGUUACAAUGUCUAUGCGCCGAUUUUGUAGUACGAAACAGAGAAUGGCUAAUUCCUGCAUGAGUUCUCUUCAUGCACAGGGAUAACAUCCGUAUGAUCCGUAUUGUCAGUUGGCAAUUCUGAUAUGUAGUAAUCGCAAGCGAUCACAAACCAUGGCGUUGGAAAAGGAGAAUGGUUUAUUAGGCGCACGUGGAAAAUUUAUUGUUGUAGCACAAGAAAUUGCAUUUGCAAAGAUAUUGGCAGGAAAUGAUAAAACUCUUCGUGAGAGAGGAGUUAGAAGACUUGGCAGGUGGCUAAAUGCCCGAUCUCGUGGAAAAUGUGAUUUUACCGAAGAUGACUUAAUGAGGAUUUGGAAGGGCCUGUUUUAUUGCAUGUGGAUGGCAGACAAACCCCUUGUGCAGGAAGAGCUAGCAGAGAAAAUAAGCCACCUUGUGCACUGUUUCAACAAGACAGAUCUAGCAAUUACUUUUAUCCAGUGCUUUUACAGUACCAUGGUAACGGAGUGGAAUAGCAUUGAUCAGUUUCGUUACGAUAAAUUUUUGAUGUUUGUGCGUCGCUUCUUGCGUCAGACAUUUGAGUUUUGCCGGAAAUGCAACUGGAAUGCUGAAGUGAUUCAAGAAGUUUGCAAGGGCUUCAGUGCAACCAUUUUAUCUAUACAACCUAGUGUGACAAGCGAACAACCGGGGAGCUUGGUUAUGCAUUUCUGUGAUAUUUACCUUCAAGAACUCUCCAAGGUUAGCCGAGGGGAACUGCCUGUUGAUAUGCUGACUACUUUCCUGCAUCCAUUCAUCUGUUACCUUGCUGAACAGGAGAAUGGCAGAUUGAGAAAUAAGGUUGAAAGUGACAUAUUCCAUUACUUGGUGAAGCAGUCAGAUGCUGGACUGGAGCUUGAAGAGAUACGUAGAGCUUGGGCUCAGGCUCAUUCUGAUGGUGGCAGGGAAGGCAGAGAUCAGAUUGAGGAGGAUGAUGACAGUGAUGUGGAUUCAGAAACUUCUGUUGGUGAAACUGUUGAAGAUGGCCCCUUAGAUCCCAGGGCUGGUCUAGUAGACGUCCAGCUCCCCCAGCUUAUGUUUGAUGCAGAACACAUUGCAGAAGCACUACAGCAGCAAAGUCAGAGAUGUGCCAGAAAGAAAAACAGGAACACCCUGAAGUCACUUGCAGAGAAAUUCUGCAAGUUGGGUGCAGGCGCCUAUCCACAGGCAGCAAUAGAACAUCUGAUGAAAUCAAAACCCAAGAUUGAGAGAUUCAGAUUGACGGACAAAGAUAUUUACAGAGCAGCUCUGCAGUUGACAGAUUAUGAAAAAGAUGUAGAAAGGAGAAGAGGAAAGAAGAAGAAACAUGGACGAAAGAAACUUAACCAAGAUGUUGCGACAGAAAAUGAUGCUAAUACAGCGGUGACUGGUGAUGCAAACAAAAUGCUGAUAUUGGUAGCUGGGGAAAACCAAAACAAUAGUACAUCAUCAGUUACUCCAACAGUUGAAGUCAGCAGUGACUCAGGUGUGACAGAUGAAUGUUUACCAAAAGAGGUAGUGCAUGUUGGGGUAAUGGAAAGUAACAGUGAAGAUGGCCAACAAAGCAAGGAAGAAACAGAAGAGAACAGUUGUGAAAACUCGGUAGCAGCUCCAGGUAUGAAGAGGAAAUGCAGUUUUUUGGUGACAGAGUUAGAAAACAUGGAUGUGAGGCUACAGCAGUUGAAGGUGCGAAGAAGAGAAUCUCCCAAGUCCCUAAAAGCGGGGAAGGAUAAGAAAAAUGAAAGGUCUAAAAAGAGACCAAAAGUUAGUUUGGCUGCUCAGUCUUCAGCAACAGGCACCGGAAUAAGCGUAGGUGGUGAGUGGAAAGUGAGUAAUGUAGCAGAGACUACGUCAAAGCCAGAUAUUGCAGUGAGUUCUGUGACACCAAGUGGCAAGAAAGUGAACAUUGCCCUCAGCAGAAACAGUGCACAAGGUGUUCGUGAAUACCGCAUGGCUGUCAUACGAAGCCCAGCUAUUCCAUUUGAUGCAGGGAAAAAACCCGGUCAAGGUGUCUUGAAAUCCAAUCUCACUGGCAGUCGAAUUAAUCCAUUCUAUAAACUUAACAAAAAGAAAAAAUUGAACAGUUAAUUUUUAUUCCUUAAUGCCUUCACUCAGAACUUUGGAGGGGACAAAAGACCUGCCCCUGACAUCUGUGACUUUCUUUGAAAUUCUUUAUCUGAUAACGGAUUGCUUUAGUAUAUGGAUCCCCAGGCUAACUAAAACAAUUGUAUGACGUUUCUUCACCAUGAAAAUGGUACAAGUUUGAUUUUUGUUUUGUGUUCCUCAUGUUGAAAUAUUACUGGAUACACAGCAAAUGGAGAAACAACUUGACAGCAACACAGGCCCCUAAAAAAUCAUGUAAAAAAGGGUGAAAACUAUGCUGCCCGGACCUCAGAGGAUGGCAAAUAACACCCCAAGCUACCAUUUUGACAGGAGGCACGGAGACACAAACAUCAGCGGUUCAAGAUUUUAAAUAUUAAGAACGUUAAUAAUAUAUCACUAACUUAAACACCUUUUAACUUUAAUAGUUAAAAAUUUUUAUAUAAUAGUUUAAUCAUAUGUACUAUGAUAUAUGUAAUAGCAGUUCCUUAGCAUAUUGUAAUUACCUUCUGAAAAUGGUCACAACUGACCGAAACAUAUAAAGGCACUGUAUAUAAAUAUGUACUGAGUCACACUGGAUGUUGUUGUCAAAUCAUUUUAUUAUAAUUACUGGAUACUACUUGCACUUGUAUUUUGUGUGUGGUUGCGGGAUAAAGCGGUCUGCCUUUGUCAUCUCUUUCUACUUCCAGCUACUGUCUUGAGUAAAUCUUCACCACAAGGGCACAACUUACAAAGAGAGCAGUCAAUAUGUGGGUAAUUAAAUUUAUCUUAUUACAUGCUUGAACUGUUAGUUACAAAGUAAACACAAAGAAAUAGAUACACAAAGAAGGAAAACACAAAAACAAGGCAGUUUGUAUCAUUUAAAUAAUAAUAAUUCAGUUCUUGAUUUAUUUAUGUGCUGUGCUCAGCUGCUAGUGGCAAGUCAGCACAAAUACAAACAGCAACAGCAGUGAGACAACACAGGAGAAAACACACAAAAAAAUGAACACGUAAGGAUAUUUACAUUUAAACAUGGGCCACUAAAAGUAUCUUUACAUUUACAAACUGCAUUUGCCUCUGAAACACAUCUAGCUAAAGAACAGUGGCAAGAAGAGCACAUGAACUUGGUGAAGUUAACGAAUGUUCAGAGUAGGAACAUGAAUGCCAACUGCAAAAUUUAGUGCCAUUAAAGAGAGUUAUUGAGAACAAAGCAUCAAAAUGAUGAUCCCUGUUAUUCAGUAUCAGCAAAUUUAAUCUUUCCUACAAGUUAUAGUGAUAUUCCACAUGUUGAAAAAAAAUGUGUUGUGGCAAAGGGCUGCAAAUUUUCUUUCUAUGUGCUAUGGAGUGUGUAAUCAUGAGUACAAGCAAUAAAAGCAUAUUCUAGUUAGGUCUGACCAGAGCAAAAUAUAGCCUUGGUAGGCUUUCUAAGGGGGAAAAGGAAAAUUUUUUCGAAUUAGCCCAAUUAAUUUCAGUGCUUGUGAAAAAAGAAAUUUGACAUUUUUUUUGGUGAGGAAUUUGCUGUCUUCUGUUGUUAAUAUACUGUACAUGCUCUUGUGUGUCUAUAACACGUGUCAAUUUUCUAUUAGAAUUCAUGUGCGUGAAGUUCUUUAGAUGUGAUAAGUAAUCACAUGCUUAAUGCAAACACAGAAAUACCUUUCAAUCCAUGUACCAUGGAAUGACCUGUUUUCAUCAACAGCAUUUCUCUUCUUUACUGUGGCUGUGUUAGAAUACAACAAUUUGCCAAACAGACUCGGUGAAUAAUGUUAAAGCACGUGGGCUUUGUUCAUUGCCGGAUCACUUUCAUGCAUUCUUUCUGGUUAUGCUCGUUUUCUGAAUUUUACUGAGUGGUAACAUAAUCACUCUAUCUGGUCUUUUAAUCAGAAAUGUAAAACCUACCUUUAAACAAACACCACAUUAAAUCCAAAAUUUAAGGUCCCUAUGAGCCGACACCAUGACAAUCAGAAUAAUGAAAUCUCUCUUCAAGCUAGCAAAGCCCAGAGAGAUCAAGAUCAUGCACAACAUAUCACAAAGAAGUGCUGAUAAGUGCUGCUGUCUGACCUGAUCGUGCAACAAUGAGAGAUCUAUUAUCAUGAAUACCUGAAAAUCUGCACCAAUAUAUUAUGGCAAUAAUUAUGGUUUUAAUUGUAAACUCUUUAAAUUUGAAUAACGUGUACAUUACUUUAAAAAUAUUUUGGACAUAAUUUUGAACUAAAUAUUUUUAGUGUUUUUACUUACGGUCUGUACCGGCAAUUUUGGCUUGCCGCGGGUUGCAAUCUCAUGUCUAGAAAGUCAGAAUAUGGCUAUAGGGGACCUUGACACAUUUGCAAACGAAAAUUUUUCUUAAUCACAUUUUAUAAUUUGUGCUUCUUAAUUAUUCGGGCACGUGGCAGCAUAGUUGGUGGAGGCUAUAUGCUACAAGCGGGAAAGUCGCGGGUUCGAUUCCCGAUGAUGUCAUUAUAAUUUUUAUUUGACUUGAUCCUUCCAGCU